CGUUACAUUUUUUCGUUACAGAUAUAAUCAUGAUACAAUUACGUUUAUUAAAAAGGGAAUUUUUGAAAAAGUCAAGCUUGGAAGGUAAAAAAUCUCAUUUUUUGACUCAACUUGAAAAUAUUGUAACUAAAAAAAUAACAAAAAAGGUAACAGAAUUUUUUCGUUUUUCAUUACGUUACAUCAAGAAAAAUAUCGUUACAUUACGUUUCAGUUACACAACAUCACAUGAUCAAAAUAACGUUUUCGUUACAGUUCCGUUACCUGUAACGAAAAAAAUUUCGUUAUUUUCGUUUUUCGUUACAGUUACUGUUACGGGACGCCAACACUGUUUUUAAUUGGUUUCAACUUUCAACCACUACCACAACCAUUUCAACUUCUUUUUGUAAAUUUCAAAAACAACAACAACAACAACAACAACCCAAUAUAUUUGAAAAAAAUGAAAACCAAUUCAUUUAAAAACAACCAUUUGGGAAAAAAAUUUGAAUUGAAACAACCAAAACCACCAAAAAGUUGUGUUCUUUGGAGAAACCACAACCACAACAACCAUUUCAAUUUUCAAAUGUAACCAUAACCAAUUACAACCAAUUCAUGAAAUGGUUCUUUUUGGUUUUUGCUAUUUUUUUCAAUUUUUCCAGACCUGUGAUGGAAAUUUUCUGGUUUUUUGUCUCAAAUCCUACUUUUAGUAGUCCUGAAUUAGUUUUUGUAUAAAUUUAUUUGAAAAUCAAAAUUGUUUUUGAUAUCAAAACCACCACAACCACCAAAACCAUUUGAAAAUUUGAAAUGGUUUUUGAUGUGAAAAACCACCACUACCGCAAAAAAAAACUAUUAUUACAGAACCAAAACCACAUCCACAUCUUAUUAAAAAAAAUUGAAACCAUUUCAAAACCAGAACCAGAAAAACUUUGAAACCUAAACCUUAAAACCAAUUGAAACCGUUAUGGUUUGUGAUUGGAAAACCAAUUCAGAAACCAUAACCAAAAACCAUUUAUUUUUGAGUCCUUUAAAAACCACCUACCACAACAACCAAUAAAAUCCAAAUGGUUUUAAGCCCUGAUGGAAACUCGUAUCCAGAGCGGAGAUGGUUUUGCAACGAAUAACGCUCUUAUACUGAUCAAAGAUGCGUUCUACUCUACUCGUUGCGUACAGCUUGGUGGCUUGCACAGCUGUUCAAUAAUUCAUCGACGAGGUAAAUAUACUUGCAAUUAAUUUCAUAGGUUCAUACUGUAAACGCUAUGCGUUUUUUGAAAACAAUUUCUAUUUGUACAAAACUUGCCCGGAUCAUUUGUCUUUUCGCAGAACCUGCCCUAGAUAUCGAUAACAGGACUUCGAGGGGUUAGCUAGUCGAUAUUAUGCUGAAUACAUUACGCAACAUCGACCUUCAUUAAAUCAUGUGUAUGCUUACUCUCCCGUACACCUAAUCAAAAAGAACAUACCUACUGCGCGAGUUCCAAAUGAUCAGAUUGAAAAAUGCUGUUAAGGUAACGCAAAAAUAAUUGCAAAUUCUUUCAUUCAAUGGUGAAAUGAACACGUUGAACACGUUAGCCGGAAUACAUUAUUCUUCUAAACGGACGCAGUAGGAUGGACCACGAAAACAAAAAAUCGUUGACCUGUAAAUGGAUGGAGAAACGGAUAUACGAGAAUAACGUAUUAGACAUAGUUCUUCGUGACACUUUGGACCAGCCUCAGCGUAUUGAAAAAUUGGAGAAAAAUUGUUGCAAUUCUAUGCAAUUCAUCAUCCAAGGAAAAAGCUCUCACGUUUGGCUGCUGAGUUGGGCGAACACGAUGUGUUUCAGAAAAAUGUUCAUGAUUUGUGGGCUACGUUGGUGUCGGAUUCAUCGUCGAAACAACUCGAUCGUGGUUUUUAGAUGUUUCAAGGUAGCUGGUCAACGGCGAAUAAAAAGUCGACCGAAAGUUUGCUCGAGUUUAUGAGGUGGCUGGCUGAAGACGAAACAGAUAGUGUCACGACGUAGAAAGUUUUUUCGUUGCUUUGGAAUCCUGAAAUGCUGGAUCAAGCGCCAUCAGCCCAUGUAAAAAACUUGCACUGCAGUUGUUCGCAAUAUCGACAUGUAGAAAAACCAUCGUGGAUUAAUGAAUGCGUCAAAAUAAUUGAAGAAUGAUAGUGGUUGAGUGUUGCCAGCUUUGAAAUUGAUUAAACAUAUGUGCAAUUUGUACGAACAAUCUUCAAAUAUCGGACAUACGCGUAGGCAGCGUGUAUUUCAUAGAUUAUUGAAAAUUUGCAACGUUGAUAGUGUUUAACUGUGUUGGUGACUGCAAAAUUCGACUUCUUUUACAGCAAGUUGUGAAAGGAUGGCAGGUCAUGUCUUUGUACCGAGCAAGCACGUUAAAUUUGGAAGUGCUUGGCUGAAAAGGACGUAAUAUUUGAUUGCGAUAAAGAGGCAUGCUUCAAAUGGUUUUCAAAUAUCAUUGGUGAAAUUCUACCACUGCAGCCGCACAUUUACACAGAGUUUUUCGAGAGUAAUGCCGUACAAUUUGACCAUACUCAGCUGACGGAAAGCGGUAUGAAAUGUUUCGAAAGAUUUUUCAAAACUCAAUUCAGAUAAAACUUGAAUUACCUACGUCAAAAAAGAAGAGAUUAUCAGACUGAGUACCUUGAUUUCAUUGGAACUGAUUAUUUAUGGAAGGUGCUUACUUAUGGCGGUAAAGUAAUCGCAAAUCGAGCUGUAGAAUUGUUAAAAGAGGUGAACACGAAUUUGGGCCGUCGUUUGCAAACGUCGUUGUGUAAUUUUCCUGAAAACCAUGGUAUCUGAAUGUAUCAGUCGUCUGAGAGCCGUAUACGAUACCAUAGGUACAUUAAGCUAGCAAGACAGCUCGUGUAUGGAAUCCAAUACAUAAAAAAUCCGUCUACAUGUUGCUCUCCAAGAGGAUGAAACUGAAGAUGAACACGUUUUAGUUUGCAAAGAAGCCUUUCAAUUGUUUUCCACCAAUAUGCAUGACAUUGAAUAGAUUCGGGUUGGAUAAUUUACACGGCGAGACAUUAUGGCAACAUUUCGCCGUCAAUUCGGUUCUGAUGGAGCGUAACCGAGCUAUUCGCUACUUCACUAGCGAACAGAUAUUGCUUAUGAUGUCGUUCUGGCAUAGUCAAGCGCCUUCGUUGAAAUGUAUUUCAUUAAUAUUCAAUGUUUUGACUAAGGAUAUCGUAACCGAGAAGGGAUCUUGUGCGUUUGAAUACUUUCAUUGACUGUGCCGAUCGAUCAGCGUUGUUCAACAACGAGAAUGCAUCCUACCCAAUAAUGAAGAAUUGUUGAAUUAUGAAAUAACGUGGUUAAAGAUGGUGAAGGAUAACGUAAAAAUUAUGGUAGGUACUUUGUCGGUGGAUUAAAUAUUAUUGCUGGAAGGACAUUUAGACAUCACGAAAGAAUUAUUAAAAUGCAUGUACCCGGAAUAGAAGUAGAUAUUUUUACAGUUCGGACGAGAACAGUUCGGUGAAAUUAGUAAAAGUGCUAAUCGAAGAUUUAAUAUUUUCGGCGUAAAAACAAAUGUAGCAUUUUGAAAAGGCUAAAGAAACUGCAUUGGAAAGAGCAAUAAAUCAGUGUGUAAUACGCCUCAGUCUUUGGAUUCGGCUUUUGAUUUGCUAGUCACACUAUGUAUGGGUUGCGCGUCUAAUUUAAAACUGCUCGUACAAAUGCUUUGUGAUAUGUUCUAUUCCGAUAGUGAUGAUCCUGUGGUCGAAUGGGGUUAUUUACCGCCUGUCGGUCUUCGUCCACUGACCGGUAUCGCUGGAUUGAAAAACGCAGGUACUACACGUGUUAUAUGAUUACUGUGAUUCAACAGUUAUACAUGGUGAAGAGUAUCAUACUCGCCGCCGAAGGUGCAGCUACGAAUCCGAAUAAUAAAGAUUUUUCUGGCGAAUACAAAUAUGAUUUGGAUAUAGCCAUAGCCUAAGUCCUGUUGACACUGUUGAUGAAGAUGAGAAAUGUAGUGUCGACGACGUCCGCAAAAAAUACAAUUCAUUUUAAUAUACUGAAAGAAGUGCAAGCUAUUUUCGGGCAUUUGGCGAGUACUAAAUUGCAAUACUACGACGUACCGAAAGGAUUAUGGAGGAAUUUCCGACUUCGAGGCGAACUGGUCAAUUUACGAGAGCAGCAGGAUACGGUGGAAUUUUUCAUGAGUCUUAUCGAAAGCAUCAACGAAGCGUCGAAAGCACUCAAUCACGAGCAAACGAUGAGUAAGAUGCUACGUGGCUCGUUUUGGAACCAAAAAGAAAAAGGCAAAUGCUGUCAUCAUAGUGGAGAAGAAGCGAAACCGCUCGAAUUUAGUAGAUUCGUUACAACAGAACGUAAAAGGCGAACUUCUGGAUGGAGUAAAUGCGUAUCACUGUAAUAAAAGCGAUAAAAAGGUUGAAACGUGUCAUUCACUUCACCGGAUGGCUCAUCCGACAGCAAUAAUAUCGAAGACGUUUGUACCAAAACCAACUAACCGGUAUUGUCGUUCACAGCAGACGAGCCAGCGUUGGCCAUCAUUAUUCGUAUAUUUUGCAAAGGCAUAGCGACGAAUCUUCAAAAUGGUACAAGUUAGAUGACGGCUAUGUCAUCGACUGUACAACGGAAAACGAUGAAGAAAUGCAGUCGCAGUGUUUCGGAGGAUAUUAUAGGCGAGGUAAUUGAUCAAAUGCUGAAAAGGAUGAGCUACAUAAGACAGAAACGGGGGUGGAACGUGUAUAUGCUACUUUAUACUCGUCUCGAUGUGCAGGAACAGCCUCUAGUCAAUAAUUUAAAGCAGUUAUCUUUGCCUGAAUCAAAACUGAGCUUGUUAAUGAUGCCCGAACCAAUCGAACAAAGUGUCAUUCGACAAAACAUUACAUUUAUGCAUAAUCGUAAUCAUUUAGUUUCUGUUGCAUACCGGAUUUCAUACUAAAAAAGCAUAACGAGGACCAGCUUCUGAUUGAUGGAAAGUGUUAAACUUCCAUUUGACAAAUCACAUCUUGGAUCGAAGAUGUUUCGCCUACAACAUUUGUUAGAGCAUCCGUAUAGAUUUCAUGCCGAAGGUAGAACGGCGUUUAUUAAAAACGUUGCUCAUUUAACUCACUAUUCGGUGAAAGAACCGGUGCCCAGCGCACCCAGUACACCAUGUAAGUGUCUCAGGUGACCCGCCCAAUUGAACGAAUUACAUAUCAGACCUGAAGAUGAAUUGGUGGCAAGCGGUCGAAUGGCUGAAUGAAAAAUCACUUUCAUCGAGGUUCACGAUAACGAAAAAUCCGGUAGCAAUAUCUCAAACCGGUCAACGCCUCACAGCUUUUAUUUAAAAGAAAUCGGCAAUCCAUUCAGGGGGUUCCUGUAGGGGUCGAACCACUCAACGAAGACGAAGGUGAAAACAGUAAAUCAUCGGUCACAUGCUUCGAACAGGCAGACAAGCUAACACCGAAUCGAUUUCGCAGCAGAAUACUUCCUCUUUCACCGAUGCAUCGUAAUUGGUUAAAAAGAAACAUAUUUUUGCAACAGUCGCUAUGUACUAUGUAUAUGUUUGAUUUUGAGAUAAAAAUAUGCAUUUUCACCGUAUGGGUCAUCCGCUAGCAACAAUAUCGAAGAUGUUUGCACCGAGUCCACAGCGGACAAACCAGCGGUGCCCAUUAUUAUUUGUAUAGUUGUGUUUUUCUGCAUAACAUUUUGCUAAUUGCAUUGCAGUAAUUUGUGUGUAACAUUUUUUGUAUCAGUUAUGAAAUACACAAGAAUUAUUUUACCUUUA